AUGCCUUCCCCAAGACAAGACCCUGGAGGACUUUCGGGUCAAGACGUGCGGGGGCGCGCUGGGCGAGGCGAGGCGCGCCCGGCGGGGCUGACGGCGGUUCUCGUCUCCCCGGCAGUGACGGUUGUCAGCGGGCUCAUCGUGGUGCUGCUUUUCUUCUCGGAGCUGCAGUACUACCUCACCAAGGAGGUUCAUCCGGAACUGCGCGUUGACAAAUCAAGGGGAGCUAAACCGAAGAUCAGUCUCGAUGUUAUUCUUCCGCACGUGCCUUGUGCUUAGUUGAGCAUCGAUGCCAGGAACGUAGCAGGAGAGCAGCAGCUGGAUGUAGAGCACAAUCUGUUUGAACAACGUUUGGAUAAAGCUGGCAAUCGUGUGACCCCGGAGGCCGAGAGCCACGUCUCCAUUGGCAUUACUCCGUCGGAACCGGUUGCUCUGGCUCCUUGUGUAAUCAAUGGAGAGGAGGAGAAACUCGUAAGGAGCAAACGGUCUCGCCUGGAAGAGGCGUUUCAGAAGAGAUCAGAUGCAUUGCAGGCAACAAGCAAUUUCUUCCGCUGUGUUCUUGUUGAAGUGGCGGGAAUCGUGGCUUUGACAAAGCGUCGCGAUUAUUUAGCUGUAUUCUUCCUGACGCUGUCUUUGAGUGUAAUUACGAGAUUAAAAGCCCCUUCUGCACGUAAGACCAUGAAUUUCCAUGAGUUCGUGCCCCAGCCGUACUGCGGCUGCGCAUUCAGCACACACAUGGCACAGACGUUGUCAGAAUCGUUAAGUCACGAAGAAGCAAUGUGUAACCGUGUUCCCUACACGUCUUGGGACAGGAUUAUCAAUAUGACGCACUAUAUCGAGCAUCUCUCGUUUGGGAGGGAUUAUCCAGGCAUUGUGAACCCUCUGGACGGGACGGAUGUCGCUGCGCAGCAAGCUUCCACGAUGUUUCAGCGUUUUGUCAAAGCGGUCCCCAGGGUGUAUAUGAAAGUAGAUGGUGAAGUGGUAGGGACUAAGCCGUUUUCAGUUACACGACAUGAGAAGAUAGCCAACGGGCUACUGGGAGACCAGGGUCUGCCUGGUGUAUUUGUGCUAUAUGAACUUUUGCCCAUGGUGGUGAAGCUGACAGAGAAACACAGGCAUUUUGCCCUGAACACCUGCGAAGAUUCACCUCCUCAGGGAGACCAGGGCGUACCAGAGCCAUAAAAGCACGUGGAAGAGGAGUCUGGCGACUGCUGCUACUGCCAGUACCGCCGUCAAGGGAUGCAGUAGGGUUCAGGAGCUGGGAUGUACAUUCUUACACUGAUAAAACAAGCGUCCACACUGUGCUUAGGUCUCCGACUCGGUCCGAUACUGGGAUCGUGAUUAGCACGGCAUAGCAAUAGGAGACUAACGGUUGCCUGAAGGCUGUAAGCUCUGGCGCUGCCUCAGAUCCCCGGAGGCGAGGCAAGAGGAGUAACAGUACCUCCACUCGCCGAAGCAGCGGGUUUGCUAGAUGUUUGACUACACCAAGGGGUGGAGUGUGACUGUUCACUCAACUCCUGCUCAGAUUUUGGCUAGCCCAGCUCACGCUAAGGCCUGAUGUAUGCUGGGAGCAGCGCCUUUGGGUUGAAGGGAGAGCACCAGGUAGGCAGCACAGGUGGCCAGAAAGAGCUAAAGGGCCAUGAUGCAGCCAUUAGCACCUGCAGCUGGCUGUCUCCUGCAGCCAGCAUCUUUGCCUGGCAGUAUUGUCAGAAUCUGCUGACUUUUGGAAAUGGUAUAGACCAGACUUCCAAGCUGGAAGGUAUAAAACAUCAGCUUAGCCAAAAAGCCUUUGAAGGAGAUUCAACAGCAGCUGGACUGCUGAGGCUUUUGUGCUUCACAGUGUGAUACAGGGGACGCCCGCACGGUGACGCAGGAGGAAGGAUGAGCACUCCCACUAGGGAAAAACAAAGUCUUUUUUUGGUGGGUUUUUUGU